ACUUCCGUGUCCCGUUUUAAACACGUAUUAAUUUUGCGUAAUUCAAUUCCGAGCGCCGCGCUUCAUGUUACGAACUGUUCCCGCGGCAAACAAAACGUUUACAGUUAUUUAACUCAUUGUACGCUCCGUUAAAUCCUAACCUAACAAUAAAAGCAGGUGCGGUGUUGAUAAAUAAUAGAUAAGACGAAGAGGGAAAAUCGUUUCAAUAGGAAAGUCGGAGAGAGAGAGAGAGAGAGAGAAAAGUUUUUGCGCACACCUCUCGAAUGAACUUCGUUUGUGUCCGGUUUAGUUCAGCGUACGCCGCGUAGAGGGAAACAUCGUCGUUUUUCGACAGAGUGGUGAAGAGCGUUUCGCGGAGUGACACGCUCUCCUUGCUUGAAAUUGUGGCUUUAAACGAAGAAAAAGUCGCGGAUAUCGCCGUUAACUUGUCGAAAAGUGCCGGAAAGUUGUAAGUAGUGACCGUUUAUGCACUUUUUUAAUCGAGAAAGUCUCUGAAAAGUUGUGAGAAGUCGUAAAAUUUUCAAACGAAAACAGUGCCGUUUACCAAUUGUUUUGUGUUGUUGGCCAUCAUAGCCGACUUGGUUACCUUUUACUUACUACCUGGUGUGGUUUUAAAAAACAUGUCUGUCUCACUACCUGAAAAAACUUUAUACAGGGUGCUUAUUCUUUAUUUAUCAUUAAAAGGAUGUCUUGGAUUCGUCGACGUCAUCCCAAAAGAAGCGAUCGCCCUCCCGAAUGAAAACGCGACGUUUUUGUGUACCCUCCGCGUCCCCUUACAAUAUUGCAGGGUUCUCAUCCCCGGAAUAGGAUCGUUAAACCUCAACAGCAAAUUACAAUCGAGGAAAGGUGUAUCUUACUAUGGUAACGGAUUGGAUUCGGGUCAAUGCGGCUUCAUCAUAAAUCGCGUCACCGAGGAAAACAACGGGAAAAUAACUUGUUUUCUCGGAAUCGAAACUGAAGACCAAGAAAAAGAGGGGGGGAUGCAUUUAACCGUAGCAAGAGCCCCAAAAGCGCCUGAAUUAGAAGUUGCGAGAAACGCGGACCCCCACAGGAUAAACGACGUACUUCAAGCGUCCUGCGUCGUUCGAGAUGGGCGGCCCGUCGCGAAUAUAAGUUGGUAUUUAGACGACGAGCCGCUUUUGGACGGUUUAAGCAUGCCGUCCGUGUUCGAUUACGUCAAAGAGGAUCUUCACACGAAGGUCCAAAACAUCAGUAGGCAACUUCAUGCGAGCGACCACGGGAAGCACUUGAAAUGCGUUGCGACGCACCCCGCGAUGCAACAAAACACGGCGAGCACGAUGAAGUUGUUGAACGUUCAAUAUCCUCCGCUUCCCCAAGGAAAUCCUAUUGAAAGAUUUGGAUUUGAGUUAAGUCAACCGGGGACUAUUCAGGUCGAGAUUGAGGCGAACCCCCAACCGAUGGUUGAAUGGACGGUGAGGGAGCAGAAAAUUCAAGCUGGGAGUGUUGAUGCGACGGGAAGGAUUCAUGCGGAAGAAGUGCAAGAUAUGGGACGAGGAAAAUAUUUAGCAAAUUUACGAAUAGCCGCUAUCACCAAGCAAGAUACCGAAACACAAUACAUUUUAACGGCGAUGAACAGCAUCGGCGCCCAGGAUUACUCCAUUUUAAUAUCAACCAGCCCCGAACCGGAAGGUUUCGAUUUAGGAGUCGGGGGAAUCGUUGGAAUCGUCGUUGUUUUAAUGCUCGUCAUGGUACUCGUUUUUACCGUUAUUAUAGCGAGGAUCAAAGGAAAAUGGUGUUUUUCGGCCUCCUCAUCAAACCGAAACGUAGAAAAUAGCGACACCGAAAGCGUUCAACACACCGACUCAAAACGCAGUUUAGUCCCGAAAUUGUCCGACUUUUUCGCGAAAAAGAAAGAGGCAGCAUCUCCGAGCCAUCAAAGCGAUGACCUAAACGCCCCAACGGAAGAAGGAGAGUCGGAUAAAAAGAAUUCGGCGCCAACCGAUGAAACAUUAACGACAACCGACAAAAACGAUUCUAAUAAAGACGUUAAAGAACAUAAUCGCGAAGGUGUCGUUUACGCCGAGCUGGAUUUGGUUAAUGUUAACCCAAAACCAGUCGUUUUAAAAACAGACGACGAAAAGACUGAGUACGCCGAAAUCGUUUAUACGAACGAAGAGGGGAAGGAAAAAAACGUGUAAAUAAUCGAAAAAUAAUUUAAAAUGCAACGAAUCAUUUUCCGUACUAAGAAAUUACAAAAAUACCACUUUUUAAGAAGUAUUAUUAAUUCAUAAUUU